AUGUCGAUAGUAAACAUAGUAAUGGUCCUUCGGGACUCGCCCGAGAGAUUUCUAUAUCCGCCGGUUCUUGAAAGAUGGCUCUGCCAUGUCGGAUUAUGUUCGGUGGUGAUUAGAGAACCGACGGCAGAGCAUAUAGUGAAAAUCGUCUUCUCCAUGUUUGCCGAUGUGAAGCUCAAAAAGCACAAUAUAGAGAAGUCGAUAGUAAGAUGGAGAAGUGGAGCGAUGGUUGCAAGAUUGUCGGCGCCAAUGUGGAAAGGUCUUCGGUUUAACACCGAGAAAAUCUCCGGACCAGAGAUAGGAGGUUGA